CCCUAAUAGAUGUUCUUAAUCAUGCACAUAUUGGCCUAAAGAAAGAAGAAGAUGAAAGAUUUACUUCUUUUCUUCUCCUCUUUCUCCUCAAGAGAUUCAAAUAUUGAAUUCCAAAGACACUCAAGGAAGGAGGAGAGAGGAGAAGAAGAAGGAUUACUUUUGGCUUUAAGAUUAGCAAAUAAAAACAAUCUGUAAUGUGGCUCUUGUUUGUGCUGCACAAGGUCUUUCCCCCUCUGUUUGUUUUGUUCCUGAAUUCCCUCCCAGUCAUUGCUUGCACAACUCUUCUUCUUGGAGUCCUUUUGGUCCACAGCGAGCCGAACACCCGCAAGCACAAGCCCCGCGGUAGCCGCGAUCGAACGAGGAAGGAUUCAGUCACUGACAAGGAAGGUUUGGAGCCCGAUUCUAGAGCCACAAGGAAGACAGUUGUGAGAAGAGUUGUUUCUAGUGCCAUUUGUGUUGAGAAAGCAAGUGACGAGAAGGAUGCGGAUAGUGAUGAAUGGCAUGAAAUUGAUCAAGAACAGGACGGCGAUCUUUCCGAUUUCAAGUCAGCCGAUGGUAGUGAUGUUGGAGAGACAUAUGGAGAGAAAGAUGGUGAUGAAAAAAAUGUCGUGUCAUGGAGUGAAGAUGAUCAGAGAAUUCUCAUUCAAAUCGGGAACUCCGAGCUCGAAAGAAACCGGCGGUUGGAGAGGGUAAUUGCCAUUCGAAAGGCAAGGAGGCUGAUGAUGGUGGACAAUGGAGGAGACAAGCCAAUUCUUCAUUCUCAUCUCUCUUCUAUCAAUGCAUCAUCAAGAAAGAACCCAAUUGAAGAUCCUUAUGACUCAACCGAGCCACCGGGCUCAGCCACCCCUUCGGCGCAAAGCCCGUUCGAUCUUCCUCAGGAUCCUACAAUAUCCAAGGAGAAUUCGAAUUGUAGUUCAGAUUCGUCGAAUUCACACAAUGAAUGUGAGUCGAUUUCAUCUGAGGCAAACAAGAAGCCUGAUGCAACAGGAGCUGAUCAAUUUAGCUGGUUCGCAUUGAGUCUGGCAUCGGUCGAAGAGCAUGAAUCGCUGUCGAAGGAGGUGUCGGUGAUCGAGGAGGCGGAUGUGAUCGGGCAUGAAAUGUACAGAGCUCGCAAAGGUUUCGGUUCCGAUGGCCUAGUUGUGAGCAGGGCUGUGCCGGCACCAGCAGCAGCUAAGAAGGCAUUGCUGCGGUCAAGUGUGGUUUCAAUGAGGAUGUAGACUGAAACCGAUGGAAGCAUCAAGCUGAGUUCUUUAUGUUGUUGCAUAUGGAGCUAGUGUGUUGUCUCGUGUACUUGUUCGGUCGGGUCGGUCGGUUAGCACGGGUCUGGUUCGAUUGAAGUAUACCCGUAGUCUAGUUGCGGUGCUCGGAUUGAACUUGGUUUCAAAAGUGUGGGCCUAGCUCGAUCGAGGUGCGCUUAGUCCAACCAAGGUGCUUGGAUGGAGUCACUUUCGAGUCGGGGCUGAAGUGGAUUGAACUCGGUUUCAAACACCUUGUUAGUCGGGGCAAUGAAUGGUCAAUGUGUCUUUCUCUUCUUA